UUUAUUGACAUCGACCUCGGUAAGCCCUCUCUUCGACGGUUGGCGAAGCAUCCUUGCUCGGACCUGAUCUUUCAGAAAGUUAUAUUGCUGAAACUCAGAAAGGAUAGUGUCAAACUCGUGGGAAGACACUUUGUUGUUGUUCAAAGCGUUGGAGAGCAGUCUGUUGACGGUAUCCCGCUUGGCAACGGCGAGUGUGGUAAUCUCUUGAUGUUUCUUGAUCUUCGAAUCGAGUUUUUUGCCGGCGAUUAUCAACCCCGACGAAACGAGAGCGAAGCAUCCACCAGCUCCGCCAAGAGGAACUGCUGCCGGCAGGCCAACCACAGACAGAGCGGAGCCAAAAAUCGCGAUCAAGUUCAAUCGGUUUUGCCCCAAAAUUUCUGAUUACAAGCUGGGCAGCAGGUUGAUUUAUUUCUGUUUCCAACGCUUUAUAUUGAUAUUUGUCGAACAGACCGUCUAUUACUUUUGCCAUGCUUUCUAAAUUAUAAUUCCCUGGGGGUAAUUUACUAACGGACAAAGCUUUGUCUUUGUUCUUAUCUCCCAAGGUGGCUGAACCUUCCCUUUUCAAAGUGUCCCAGCUGUUGUAUAAACUGCAAGAUAUGAGUUUCAUGAAAUGUACUUUCGGUAUCGGUUCUUCAAAAGAUAUUGUCCCUCCGUUCUGUUGCGUGACAAUAGUGAGAACAACCAUUUUAUAUUUAACAAAUAAAAUUGUGUUCAAAUAAGAUGGCUAAUUUGUGGAAUGGUCCUGCGUUAAAAAAAGCGGAGGCGGCGAAGAAAAAGGCGUGGACAAACUUUUUAAACCGCUUCCCCAAAGCGGACAAAAGCCGGUUCGUUUCGCAAGGAAGCGUCGACGAGAAAAAUAACGUGACCGCGGAGGUGUUCUUCAAAGAAAGUGAAGACUCGUUUCAAAGCGUCUUCGGCUCAGACAGAAAAUAUUGGAGCGCUGAAAUGAAAGAAGCGCUCGGUUUGGGCGACAGCGGUGGUUUUCCUUAUCAAUUGUCGCCACUUGGUUCAAACGUUUCACUGGCCAUCCCUGCGGUACCUUUCGACGGCGAAGCGCCAAGCUUGAAGAAAAUAUUCGACGAUACAAUCCAAAUAUACGUCACGCCUGACCAAUAUUUCACAACAAAAUUCAGAGAAAUAUUUCAAGACACCAAACUCAAACACACGUCUGGAACCGAAUCAAAACACUGGUUAGGAGGGCCUGACGUGAAACAUUGGCCGCAACAGCUCAACGUUGCUGUUUUCUGCACGAAACAGGGGUGCGGAGUUUCUCGCGAAAUCUUUGACAGCGGGAUGAAUCUCCCCCCGCAGAUAAGAGCUUUCUACAAAUUCCACGUCUAUUUCACGGUCAGGCGCAUUUUGUACCAGCUUGGAGGUGUUCAGAGCAUAAGCACUUUGCCCGGAGACCCAACGUUCGACCAGAUGAACAAUCAUUAUGACGUCGCUUCGUACAAAAGGAUAUGCGGCGAAUUUGGAAUAGACUCAUCAAGCGACUUUUAGGUUUACUUCGGGU